CACUUCCAGCGGGAAGAGAACGCGCGUAAGCGAGUGGUGAUCCAGCACCGGGCGUGGAAUCUAUCGGAUGUCUUUCGCAGCGACGAGGACAUCAGGCCUGGUAUACAACACCAUCCCGGUCGCUGGGAACGAACACUGACUGGGCAGAUACCCCGACAAAAACGCGCAAACACCCACUGCAGACCAUCUACUCUCCAAAUCUCCUCCCCUCCUCGCCGCCUACCAUCAGAAUGCCGUCCAUCGCAUCCCCCGCCCCCGCUCCCUUCCCGUCAGAUGCUCCGUCACCGGAGGCGCAGAAGCGGAAGAACGAUGAGCCAUCGCAAACGGCAGAGCCCAAGCGGCAGAAGAUCAUGGGCGGUUUCUUGGACGAUGGAGACGAGGACGAGUGGGACGCCUUCGACGAUGCACAACUACGGAGUGACUUCCAGUUCCAGGAGGAAUACAUCCAGAAGGGGCCUGUUGAACUUCCCGAAAUCCCGCGACCCUCUCAGACAACAAUGGAGCUGCCCGUGAUUGAAAAGCCCGCUGCCGAUCCAACCCCGGCCCCAGAGCCAGCCCCAGAGCCAGAGCCAACCAGUACAGUAGCCACCCUCCCGGCCCGCGGCCCCUACAGAUCCAUCCGCAUAAAGACCUGCUCAGGCAAGACCCACUACGUUCCGUUGAAGAAGACCGCAACCCGGGUCGCCUACGAGAAGCUUGUUGCUGGUCGGUCUGUCACUGCACCUGGAAGGGCCCAGAAGAGCUACUACGGUAUCGAGAUCCACAAGCUUAUAGAUGAUGCCGCGAAAGAGGAAGAAUCAAAGACCGUUGCGCCCCCACCUCCGCCCCCGGUACAGCCGUCCAUUGAAUCUUUCGGCAACCAGAAGAACUCGAAGUUGGCAGCGGCCAUGUGGACGGAGAAGUACCGCGCGCGCAAGUUCACUGAGCUUAUCGGAGACGAACGUACACAUCGAUCCGUAUUACGCUGGCUGAAGGGCUGGGAGCCGAUUGUCUUUCCCAAUAUCGCUAGGUCGAAGCCGAAGAAACCGAUGCAUGGCAAAGAAGAAGAAGAGCGGCCGCAUCGAAAGGUUCUGUUGCUAUGUGGCCCUCCGGGUCUCGGAAAAACUACGCUGGCGCAUGUAUGUGCUCGACAGGCUGGUUAUGAAGUGCUAGAAAUCAAUGCGAGUGAUGAUCGGAGCAGAGAUGUCGUGAAGGGGAGGAUCAGAGAUGCCCUCGCCACGGAAAACGUCAAAGGAAUGAACGUGGAAGUGGGCGAGGAGAAAGUGAGGAAAGCGGGACGGCCUGUCUGUGUCGUUGUCGACGAAGUGGACGGAGUGGUCAGCGGUUCUGGAGGCGGAGGUGAAGGAGGUUUCAUGAAGGCCUUGAUUGAUCUAGUGAUGCUUGAUCAGAGGAAUUCGGCCGCAUCUUCCGAACAGAACAAGGGCAAGAAGAAGGGUGAUAAAUUCCGCUUCUUGCGUCCACUCAUCAUGGUCUGCAACGAUGUAUACCAUGCCAGUCUACGACCAUUGCGGGCAUCUUCCGUUGCUGAGAUUAUUCAUGUCCGUCAAGCGCCGUUGGAAAAUGUCGUCUCGCGCAUGAAGAGAAUCUUCACCAUCGAAGGCAUCCCGUCUGAUAACGAUGGUGUCCGGCGUCUCUGCGAAGCGUCCUGGGGCCUCGCCAGAAAGAAGCAAGGCGGUGUCAAGAGCAGCGGAACGGCCGAAGGCGAUAUCCGCAGUGUUCUCGUCGCAGCAGAGUGGGUGGCGCAUAAGCUCAGGAAUGAGUGCCCCUCUACUCUGCGGUUGACAAGAAGCUGGCUGGAGCAGAAGGUCCUCAGUGCAAGCACCGGAGGUGGAGCCUUCUUCAAAGGCCUGAAUCGCGGCGGUGUACGCGAUCUCGUGGAACGAGUGUUUACCGAGGGAGCCGGGUUUGCUGAUGCGCCUGUCGGGGUUGAAUCUUUCCGCGAUCCCUUCGACGAGUCCGAACGAGUGCCGGUUGGUGUGGCGGAGCUCAGAAAACGCCAUGCUAUCAACAGACUACGCGAGAUGAUCGAUGCCAGUGGUGAACAUGACCGCUGCGUCACCGAGUGCUUUGCGUCGUAUCCUCUGCAGACGUUCCAGGACGACACAUUGCUCUCCAAGCCGAACUCCGCCUACGACUGGCUUCACUUCCACGACACCAUGUCGUCGAAAGUCUUUACGGCUCAAGACUGGGAACUCAGCGCGUAUCUCAGCCAGUCCAUCGUUGCUUUCCACCAUCUCUUUGCCACCGCCCAAGGCAAAGCCAAGCCCGUCGAAGUCGACGAUGAAGAGGAGCAGCAUCCUUUCUCCGGCCCCAGGGCCGACUUUGCCGCCUACGAAGCUCAGAAGCAGAACCGGGCCAUUCUCGCGGAGUUUCAGACCGGCUUCACAGCCCCAUUAACCAGACUCUUCCGUUCGACAGACUCACUAGUCAUCGAUCUCAUUCCGAACCUCAUCCCGAUGCUAUCCCCAGAUGUGAAACCGGUCGUUGUGCGCGGGGGCGGCGACCAGCGAAGCGUAGCCAGUGUCCGCAAGGAGAGUGAACGGUCUCUCGUCCAGGUCGCAGUCCGAGUGAUGGCCGGUCUGGGCGUGCGAUUCGACAAAGUGCGCAUCGAAAAUGCAGGUGCUCACGGCGGCUGGGCCUAUCGAAUGGAACCACCCCUCGACACCCUCACCACCUUCUCCAAAAUGACCGGAGCCGCCAAUACCAGCAGCUCCGCCCCCGUCCGCUACGCCGUCCGCCAAGUCCUAGACCAAGAAUACCGCAAGGAGAACAUCCGCAAGCGCUCGGAACCUGUGAGCUCAGCCACCAUCAGCCAGAAAUUUUCGUCCCGGAAAUCCACCGACGGGACCGGCGACGACGGGAAGAAGAAAUCCCCCCGCAUCGGCACGAACGUCAAACGCGACUUCUUUGGUAGGAUCAUCGCGGAGCCCACCUCGAAGCCGGAUGACUCGCCUGAGAACAUCGCGCAGAAUGAGACGCUGAAGGCCGGACGGAGAGUCUGGGUUACGUAUCAUGAUGGGUUCUCGAAUGCGGUGCGCAAGCCGAUUUCUAUGGUCGAGUUGUUGGCGGAGUUGUAGUGUUGGGUUGGCGGGCGGGCUGGGGUGGCUUGUCCGGCUGGGCUUAUGAUUGUAUGAUAGAACUUGUAUAUAGAUAGGGCUUUUGAUAUCCAGGUAUUUAGUUAGAUUCGUC